AGCAGCAGAGCAUCUCGUCCAAAACGCUCCUCAUCGAGUCCCGUGCCAACAGCCGAACAACACAGACAGGCUCAGCAGGUCACCAAGCGAACCAACUGCAAGGUGCAGCACCAUGGAGCUGCGGAGUGUGUCCCUCCUGCUCCUAGUCACAGCAUGUGCCACCGUGAUGAGAACUGCAGGCCAAUCUUCAAUGACUGCCAUCAGUGUACAAGGUGGAGCAGUGGCCUCCUCGGCGAUUUCCGCCACAUCAUCAUCUUCCUCAAGUACAAGUUCAUCAUCUUCUAUAGCAAGCCCUGAAUCACCAUCUUCAUCUCCUAGUACAGUUUCCUCAUCCUCCUUCUCCUCCAGUACCAGUUCAUCAUCUUCCUCAGCUAGUCCUGUAUCCUCAUCCUCCUCAGCUAGUCCAAUUUCAUCAUCUUCCUCUGCCAGUUCUAUAGCCUCAUCAUCCUCAGCCAGUCCCGCAUCAUCCUCUUCCUCAGCUAGUCCUGUAUCCUCAUCCUCCUCAGCUAGUCCAAUUUCAUCAUCUCCCUCUGCCAGUUCCAUAGCCUCAUCAUCCUCAGCCAGUCCUGCAUCAUCCUCUUCCUCAGUUAGUCCUGUAUUCUCAUCUUCCUCUGCUAGUCCAAUAUCAUCAUCUUCCUCAACCAGUUCCAUAUCUUCAUCAUCCUCAGCCAGUCCCGCAUCAUCCUCUUCAUCUGCUAGUCCUGUUUCCUCAUCCUCCUCCUCCUCCAGUACCAGUUCAUCAUCUUCCCCAGGUAGUCCUGUAUCCUCAUCCUCCUCAGCUAGUCCAAUUUCAUCAUCUUCCUCUGCAAGUUCCAUAUCUUCAUCAUCCUCAGCCAGUCCCGCAUCAUCCUCUUCAUCUGCUAGUCCUGUUUCCUCAUCUUCCUCAGCUAGUCCUGUAUCCUCAUCCUCCUCAGCUAGUCCAAUUUCUUCAUCUUCCUCUGCCAGUUCCAUAUCUUCAUCUUCCUCAGCAAGUCCCGCAUCAUCAUCUUCAUCUGCUAGUCCUGUUUCCUCAUUCUCCUCAGCCAGUCCCGGAUUGUCAUCAUCCUCAGCUAGUCCUGUUUCGUCAUCUUCCUCACCUAGUCCAAUUUCCUCAUCUUCCUCAGCCAGUCCUGCAGCAUCCUCCUCAUCUGCAAGUUCUGUUUCCUCUUCUUCCUCCUCCUCCAGUACCACUUCAUCAUCUUCACUAGGUAGUCCUGUAUCCUCAUCCUCCUCAGCUAGUCCAAUUUCAUCAUCUUCCUCUGCCAGUUCCAUAGCCUCAUCAUCCUCAGUCAGUCCCUCAUCAUCCUCUUCAUCUGCUAGUCCCCUUUCCUCACCUUCCUCUUCUAGUCCAAUAUCUUCAUCUUCCUCUGCAAGUCCCGCAUCAUCAUCUUCAUCUGCUAGUCCUGUUUCCUCAUUCUCCUCAGCCAGUCCCGGAUUGUCAUCAUCCUCAGCUAGACCUGUAUCAUCAUCCUCCUCAGCUAGUCCAAUUUCAUCAUCUUCCUCUGCCAAUUCCAUAGCCUCAUCUUCCUCAGCCAGUCCCACAUCAUCCUCUUCAUCUGCUAUCCCCGUUUCCUCACCUUCCUCUUCUAGUCCAAUAUCUUCAUCUUCCUCAGCAAGUCCCGCAUCAUCAUCUUCAUCUGCUAGUCCUGUUUCCUCAUUCUCCUCAGCCAGUCCCGGAUUGUCAUCAUCCUCAGCUAGUCCUGUUUCGUCAUCUUCCUCACCUAGUCCAAUUUCCUCAUCUUCCUCAGCCAGUCCUGCAUCAUCCUCCUCAUCUGCAAGUCCUGUUUCCUCAUCCUCCUCCAGUACCAGUUCAUCAUCUUUCUCUGCUAGUCCUGUUUCCUCAUCUUCCUCUUCUAGUCCAAUAUCUUCAUCUUCCACAGCAAGUCCAGCAUCAUCCUCUUCAUCUGCUAGUCCUGUUUCCUCAUCUUCCUCAGCUAGUCCUGUUUCCUCAUCUUCCUCUUCUAGUCCAAUAUCUUCAUCUUCUUCAGCAAGUCCCGCAUCAUCAUCUUCAUCUGCUAGUCCUGUUUCCUCAUUUUCAUCAGCAAGUUCCGGAUUGUCAUCAUCCUCAGCUAGUCCUGUUUCGUCAUCUUCCUCAGUCAGUCUUGCAUCAUCAUCCUCAUCUGCAAGUCCUGUGUCCUCAUCCUCCUCCAGUACCAGUUCAUCAUUUUCGUCAGCUAGUCCUGUAUCCUCAUCUUCCUCUGCUAGUCCAAUGUCAUCAUCUUCCUCAACCAGUUCCAUAUCUUCAUCUUCCACAGCAAGUCCAGCAUCAUCCUCUUCAUCUGCUAGUCCUGUUUCCUCAUCUUCCUCUGCCAGUUCCAUGGCCUCAUCAUCCUCAGCCAGUCCUGCAUCAUCCUCUUCAUCUGCUACUCCUCUUUCCUCAUCCUCCUCAGCCAAUCCCGGAUUGUCAUCAUCCUCAGCUAGUCCUGUUUCAUCAUCUUCCUCAGCUAGUCCAAUUUCCUCAUCUUCCUCAGCUAGUCCUUUAUCCUCAUCCUCCUCAGCUAGUCCAAUUUCAUCAUCUUCCUCUGCCAGUUCCAUGGCCUCAUCAUCCUCAGCCAGUCCUGCAUCAUCCUCUUCAUCUGCAAGUCCCGCUUCCUCAAAUUCCUCACCCAGUCCUGCAUCAUCCUCUUCAUCUGCUAGUCCUGUUUCCUCAUCAUCCUCCUCCUCCAGUACCAGUUCAUCAUCUUCCUCAGGUAGUCCUGUAUCCUCAUCCUCCUCAGCUAGUCCAAUUUCAUCAUCUUCCACAAUGAACUCCUCAACUCCUCCACUUGAUGUGAUGCGUCCUUUGCACUUCAGACUUCAGGAAACUUUCAAUCCCAAGCUCAAUGACAAUAGCUCCACAGAGUUCCGAAACCUCAGCUCCACGGUGACCCAGUCUAUUGAUGCCAUCUUCAGACCUCAGUACCCCAACACUUACGUGGGAUCUAAAGUGAAUAGUUUUCAUAAUGGCUCCAUCAUCACUGACAUGACCCUCACUUUCAAGGCCAACAACACGGCACCAAGCAACACCGAGGUGGUCAACACAUUGUACAAGAUGGUCAACACAUCCGGAUAUGCAAACGGCUUGCCAUUGGACAGAAACAGCAUCCAGUCAAACGAUGCCAAUGUGACCAGUGCCUUCCCCUGGUACAUCACACAGUUUCUUAUACUGCAAGGAUACACAGAAAGCCUGUCUAACAACGCAUCGGUGGCAUACCAGCAGCUCAACCAAAGUGUCGUUAACUGGCUGCAGCCCAUCUUUGGCAGAGUUCUAAACGCAAGCCUGACGAGUGUGCCAUCCUGCUCCUUCAGCAAUUCCAGCAACUGGACACAGGCCAGCCUGAUACUGCAGCUGUCGGCCAAGCAAGCGGCCAGCACCCCAACGAUCAUCUCCAACAUCCUCGCCACGCCGAGCCCCUCGCUGACGUACACUGAGGACAGCCUGCAGGUCAACGGCUCCCAAGCGCCAAUCCAAGUGUUCCCCUUUGACCUGCGGAUCCUGAAUAAGGCGUUUGUGGCCGGGAUGUCCAGUCAAACGAGUUCGCUUUUCAAGGAUUUUAGCAAUCAGGUCAUCCAGUCGGUGACAAGUCUGUUUUCAGAAAAGGCAGGAUUUUCACAGGUUUACGUGUCACAGCUCAGGAAUGGGUCGGUCAUCGCCAGCACAAACAUCAGCUAUGCCAGUGGGACCAGCAACAGAGACAACGUGGCACAGGUCCUGUACAGCGGAAUUACUCAGCUGUCGCUCGAUGGCCUGGAACUGGACCCCGCCUCGGUCACCCCUGCAGCCACCCCGUUAGCACAGCCGUUCCCAGGAUUUGCAGUGGCUAUCAUUGUGAUGUGCAGCUUGGCCAUCCUGGCCAUUCCCAUCAUCCUUGUUGUGCUCCUGAAGACGAACCUGCGGCAGCGCCUGAGCCGAGUCUUCACCAUCAAGUCGCCCGAGUCCUUCAGCCUAUUCUCAGACCGCGACUGAGCCCCUGCAGUGCAGCCAUGGGAUGUAAAGAACGACGACCAUCUCGGUGACGACAGAGCCCACCAUUACCGGAUGCCAUGUUGGCACUUGUUCUCUGACUGGACUUUUUUGCUCUACCGCUCUCCUUCCUGGCCGUCUAUCCAGACCACGGGUGGCACGCCUGGUGUGCAUCGUUUGAUGAAUCGGCUGCUGCCAGGCAGUGAAGGGCCUCUCAUGCUGAUAGCUCCUCUUGCCAGGGGCGAGAUUGGACUGAAUGAACACUCUGGGGGGCCGUGAUGAUCUGCCUGGCCGCUGUGGUUUUCUGAUGUAAGCGUCGCUCGUUUGUGUUGUGGUCAAUAAAAGGCUUCAAAGCAAA